GCCGAUUUUAUAUUUACAAAAAAUCCAUCAUGUCCAGAAAAUCAAGUCAAUUUGCGAACAAAUUGGAAGAAAGUUUCAAUUACAGCAAAGUUGUUUUGUUAUUUGUACUGGCUGGAACAUUACGUUUCAACGCCUCUAUCAUCAUGGAAAAGGGUCUCCGAAGGUAUUCUUCUUCUGUCAAAAAAUAUCAAUCCAUAUGAAGGAGAUCUACUUCAUGAAACGCCUCUGUCACUUUGGUUUUAUAAGAUUGCUUUGGACUUAUUAAAAGACAUUAAGUACAUGUUUAUUAUUGCUGAUUUGUGCACAGGAUUGUUUCUGUAUGUAUCAGCUAGAAGGUUUCUGAUUUAUUUGAAAAAAGAACACAAGGAUACCAACAAAUUUGCUAAAGAUAUUGAAUACUGUUUACUUACAGAUGAUGAAUAUCGUAAAAUACCUUUGUAUGUUUUAAUGGCUGUGUUGUUUAACCCAUUUACAUUGAUUGGCUGUAUUGGAUAUUCAACCAUUCAAAUUCACAAUUUUUUCCUCUCAAUAUUUUUAUGUAGUUUGGUUUAUGGAGAGUUAAUAUUAGGACCUGCAGCAUUAGCAAUUUGUACCUCAGUAUCAUUUUAUCCUUUCAUUUUGAUAGUACCAUAUUGUAUUUCUUUUAUUACUGUUCACAAACAUAAAAUCAAAGCAUCUUUGGUUUUGCUGUUUUAUGUUGUAUUUUUAGCUUUGAUCACCAUGUGUAAUUCCAAUUGGGGUACAGAUUAUAGUUUUGUUAAAAAUGUCUAUGGCUGUAUUUUAACUGUUCCAGAUUUGCAGCCGAAUAUUGGUUUGUUUUGGUAUUUUUUUACUGAAAUGUUUGACCACUUUCGUGAUUUAUUUAUAUACUCAUUUCAAAUCAAUGCUACCAUUUUAUACUUAGUUCCCUUAUCUUUAAAAUUCCGUAAUCAACCAUUUUUAUUAGUAGUUUCAUUGUUGUUUUUAAUAUCCAUAUUUAAAUCAUAUCCUUGUGUUAGUGAUUUAGGAUUUGUUUUAAGUGUGUUACCAAACUUUUUGCACUUAUUCCCAUUUUGCCAGCAAGGAUUUUUGGUUGGUGUUAUUUUCUUGAUUACAACAACGUUAGCUCCGAUUCUCUGGUACCUCUGGAUAUAUUGCAAUUCUGCCAAUGCAAAUUUUUACUUUGGAGUUACUUUAGCUUUUGCCAUUGCUCAGAUUUUUUUAAUUACCGAUAUUCUAUUUGCUCAGAUAAAGCGGGAAUUUACACUUAACAAUGGAAAGGAAAGAAAAAUUGAUGGCGACGAAGCCAUUUUGAGUCUGGAAUAGUUAAAAUUUUCAUUUGUGAUAAUUUUUUAAUAUGCAUAAGUUUUGUACCUUUGUUAAUGUAAGUAAUAAAUAAUUUAAUUAGA